AAACCCCCGUCGCCUAUUGUUAGCGGCAUCGGCAUCGAGAGGAAGUCGGCACUGCGUCGACAUACGCCAUAGGAGGAAGGCAACUUCAGCGCAAACAGACCCUGGAGCGAGACAUCGCCACUAUGGACGAGAAGUCGAGGAAACCCGAGGACACGCCCUUUAAGCAGCAGAAGCUCAAGGCCUGGCAGCCGAUCCUCACGCCCAACUGGGUCAUCGGCACCUUCGCCGUCGUAGGCCUCAUCUUCAUCCCCAUCGGCAUUGUGCUGCAUACCGAGUCGGACAAUGUGGUAGAAUACUCGAUUCAGUAUGACGGAGAGGACCUGACGUCGUCGUCCAACAUCGUGGAUCAAGGCAGCGGCUGCUAUCUGAGUGACGAGAGCGAGGGCGAUUCGUUUGACGUGGAGGAACAUGGCUGUAGGAUCACGUUUAAGAUUGAGAAGGAGAUGAAGGCGCCCGUGUACUUGUACUAUCAGCUCGACAACUUCUACCAGAACCACCGUCGUUACGUGCAGAGUCGCAGUGACGCACAGCUUCGUGGAGAUGCCACAGCUAGUACAAGCGAUUGCUCACCGCUUUCUACGACCGGUACAGGUGUGUCCAAGUACAACUCGACAGCGGAGACAGCGAUCGGUAACAAUGAGACCGACUACACAUUGAUGCCGUGCGGUCUGAUUGCCAACAGUCUGUUUAACGACAUUUUCUGGGUCAACAAGCUCGUGAACAACGGUAGAACGUACUACCAGAACGACACGUACGAGGGCAAGACACUGGUGAACCUUGUGGAUCAGACCGGUAUCGCCUGGAAGUCGGAUGUGGAGACCAAAUUCAAGAACAUCGACCUGGAUGAUCUUUCGGACGCUGAUGACACGAUGCUACUCUGGCAGAACCCGCGUUACCGCUACAUUAUCCCCAUGCAUGAGGGCCAGGAGCCUAUUACCAACAAGACAGCAUGGACGACGAAUGCCCCUGCUUACGGUGUACAGGACGAGCACUUUAUUGUGUGGAUGCGUACGGCUGGUCUGCCGAGCUUCCGUAAACUUUACGGUCGCAUUGACACCGAUCUGGCGGAGGGUACGGAGCUCGAGUUCCUCGUCUCCAGCAACUUUGUGGUAAGCACGUUCGAAGGAAAGAAAUCCAUCGUGAUCUCGACGACGUCAUGGUUUGGUGGCCGGAACCCGUUCCUCGGCAUCGCGUACAUCAUCGUGGGUGCGCUCUGCAUGGUGCUGGCCAUCCUAUUCUUCGCCAAGCACAAGCUGAGUCCACGUAAGCUGGGCGACACGCGAUACCUGGUGUGGAAGAACAACCAUUAAAUGCUCGCAAGUCGCUAUGAACUGCUAGAAAAGAUCGGGAACGGGGCCUUUGGAGAAGUGCAUCGCGCUAGAGACUUGGCCUCAGGCGAGAUUCGAGCCAUCAAGCGGCUGCGAGUGAAAGACGACGGUCAGCUUUCUGUCGUACCGGCUGCGCAGUUCCAGGAGAUCGAAACGAUGCGCCAGCUUCAGCAUCCCAAUAUCAUCAAGCUGCUGGACGUAGUGCCUGAUGGCAGCUACAUUGCUCUAGUGCUCGAGUAUAUGCCUACCGACCUCCUCAGUAUCGUGCGAAGUCGGGAAGAACCACUGCGUCCAGCUGACGUCCGUGGGCUUCUGCGGAUGUUGCUGCAUGGUGUCGCUUGUUGUCACGAGCACAAUAUAUUGCACCGAGAUCUAAAGCCAGGGAACUUGCUGCUAAGUGCUGAUGGAGUGCUUAAACUUAGUGACUUCGGUCUCGCCACGGUAUUCGUGGGACAGCGAGGACGCUCGUAUUCUCAUCAAGUAGCCACACGUUGGUAUCGUGCGCCAGAGUUGCUAUUCGGCUCACGACAUUAUGAUACAGCGGUGGAUAUGUGGUCUGUGGGCACAGUAUUCGCCGAGCUACUACGCCCCACCCCGUUAUUUGCAGGACAGAACGACCUCGACCAGAUCUUCCGAGUUAUCCAGGUGCUAGGUGACAUCGAGAAGCAGUGGCCAGAAGUACGCGAGCUUCCAGACUUCGACAAAGUGUCGUUUCCAGCAUACGAGCCUCUGCCUCUCUGUAAACUCUUCCCUGAUGCUGAAGCUUCAGCAGUGGAUAUAUUGUCCAAACUGCUCGACCUUGAUCCGAGUAAAAGACUGUCAGCACGGAAGGUAUCAAGAGCCGAAGAUUUUUACAAGAUGCUUCUUUCUAACACGACGUGUUAUCUUACAGGCCCUUAAACACGAUUUCUUCUUCGAAGGACCUGUUUCCUUAAGCUUUUCACCUGCAGACAAACCGGAUAUGCAACAAGAUACCGAAGAGUGCGACGAUUUCCUUGCUUCGCUGGGCAAACCUCUGCGUUUCACAUGA